AUAUGAUUGGAGGUCUGUGUUAUUAGCGCGAGAAUGGAUGGGAAUGCAAACAGUACGACGGGUCAGUCCCGUGGCUACGAUUACCUUUACCUUAUUGAUAUUACAAAUACUAGAUGGUUGGCAGUCAUAUCUACCGAAAAGUGAAGGCUACACCUGGGUCAUUGGAUCUCUAUCCUGGUGGUUAUCUUACACCAUAAUAUUUUCAGUUAAUUGGAUAAAGCAUAGAUUCUUUGCUUCUCCCACUUCAAGGCUGACGAAGAUUUGUUCUGGUGUAGAAAUGUCGUUGUUAGUGUUUCAAGAGGAACAUUAUGCACAUUAUGUCCAUGGAAGAAGCGAUGAAGGCGGGGGUAGUUUGAAAAUACCAGGACCUUUGGCAACUUGCCGUCUUGUAUGUGCACCACAAGUGAGAAUCGUUUACAAGAAAUUAGCAAACACGCAAUACGGGUUAGGUGAUAAUGAAUCAAAUCGGAUACUUCUAUCACGUUUUUUGGCAGCAUUCUUCGAAAGGGCUCUGGAUGGUUUAAAUUGGGUUGCCAUAGAGCGAACUAUACUCGAAAGAUUACUAGAUGUAGAGUUAACAAAUAGAGAGGGUAGUAAUACCAGCACUUUGUUGUAUGAUUUAGAUAGUAAUAUACCAUCUUGCUUCGCUGUAACCUGCCCCGAUGAUCUUUCCACUGCGAUCCUCCGCCGCAAGGAUAGGCCAAACCGUUUGAUCGUCGAAGAAGCCGUCAGCGAUGAUAAUUCAGUUGUUGCGUUAUCACAGGCAAAAAUGGAGCAGCUCCAACUGUUCCGCGGCGACACAGUGCUCUUGAAGGGCAAGCGGCGCAAGGAGACGGUCUGUAUCGUGCUGUCGGACGACAACUGCCCCGAUGAGAAGAUACGCAUGAACCGCGUAGUGCGAAACAACUUGCGCGUGCGGCUCUCCGAUGUGGUGUCCAUCGCACCCUGCCCGUCAGUCAAGUACGGAAAGCGUGUACACAUCCUGCCGAUUGACGACUCAGUUGAAGGUUUGACUGGAAACCUCUUCGAAGUAUACCUAAAGCCGUACUUCAUGGAGGCGUACCGUCCGAUCCACCGCGACGACACAUUCAUGGUGCGCGGUGGUAUGCGCGCGGUCGAGUUCAAAGUGGUCGAGACUGAUCCCGCUCCAUACUGCAUCGUGGCCCCCGAUACCGUCAUACACUGCGAGGGAGACCCGAUCAAACGAGAGGAGGAAGAAGAAGCCCUCAACGCAGUCGGCUACGACGAUAUCGGUGGGUGCCGCAAGCAGCUCGCCCAGAUCAAGGAGAUGGUGGAGCUGCCGCUUCGCCACCCGUCUCUGUUCAAGGCGAUCGGUGUGAAGCCACCCCGUGGUAUACUCAUGUACGGGCCACCCGGUACCGGCAAGACCCUGAUAGCCAGGGCUGUGGCUAAUGAGACUGGCGCGUUCUUCUUCCUCAUAAACGGGCCGGAGAUCAUGUCGAAGUUGGCCGGUGAGUCCGAGUCGAACCUGCGCAAGGCGUUCGAGGAGGCGGACAAGAACUCGCCCGCUAUCAUCUUCAUAGAUGAAUUGGACGCAAUUGCGCCCAAAAGGGAGAAGACGCAUGGGGAGGUGGAGAGGCGUAUCGUGUCGCAGCUGUUGACUCUUAUGGAUGGCAUGAAGAAAUCCUCCCACGUGAUUGUAAUGGCGGCCACGAACCGUCCGAACUCUAUCGACCCGGCGCUGCGACGUUUCGGCCGCUUCGACCGCGAGAUCGACAUCGGCAUUCCCGACGCGACCGGACGGCUUGAGAUCCUGCGCAUACACACUAAGAACAUGAAGCUGGGUGAUGACGUGGAUCUAGAGCAGAUCGCAGCGGAAUCUCACGGUCACGUGGGUGCCGAUUUGGCCUCCCUCUGCUCAGAGGCAGCUCUGCAACAGAUCCGUGAGAAGAUGGACCUCAUCGACCUCGAGGAUGACCAGAUCGACGCUGAAGUGCUCAACUCGCUCGCCGUCUCUAUGGAUAACUUCCGUUAUGCGAUGACGAAGUCAUCCCCAUCAGCGCUGCGCGAAACCGUAGUGGAAGUGCCGAACGUGUCGUGGACGGACAUCGGCGGGCUGCAGAGCGUGAAGCGCGAGCUGCAGGAGCUGGUGCAGUACCCGGUGGAGCACCCCGACAAGUUCCUCAAGUUCGGCAUGCAGCCGUCCCGCGGGGUGCUGUUCUACGGCCCGCCCGGGUGCGGUAAAACACUGUUGGCCAAAGCCAUCGCCAACGAGUGCCAAGCCAACUUCAUCUCGGUGAAGGGCCCCGAGCUGCUUACCAUGUGGUUCGGUGAAUCUGAGGCCAACGUGCGCGACAUCUUUGACAAGGCCCGCAGCGCGUCCCCGUGCGUACUGUUCUUCGACGAGCUGGACUCGAUCGCGAAGUCGCGCGGCGGCUCCGUGUCGGACGCGGGCGGGGCCGCCGACCGGGUCAUCAACCAGAUCCUCACCGAGAUGGACGGCAUGGGCGCCAAGAAGAACGUCUUCAUCAUCGGCGCAACGAACCGGCCCGAUAUAAUCGACCCGGCGAUCCUGCGGCCCGGGCGCCUGGACCAGCUGAUCUACAUCCCGCUGCCCGACGAGAAGUCGCGCGAGGCCAUCCUGCGCGCCAACCUGCGCAAGUCGCCCAUCGCCAAGGACGUCGACCUGUCCUAUAUCGCUAAGGUGACGCAAGGGUUCAGCGGCGCCGACCUGACGGAGAUCUGCCAGCGCGCGUGCAAGCUGGCGAUCCGGCAGGCCAUCGAGGCCGACAUCGCGCGCGAGCGGGGCCGCGCCGCGCAGCCCGCCGGCAUGGACACGGACGAGGAGGACCCGGUGCCGGAGAUCAGCCGCGCGCACUUCGAGGAGGCGAUGAAGUUCGCGCGCCGCUCCGUGUCCGACAACGACAUCCGCAAGUACGAGAUGUUCGCGCAGACGCUGCAGCAGAGCCGCGGAUUCGGGACCAACUUCAGGUUCCCAUCGAGCGGCGGUGCGGCGGGCGGCACGGGCACGUCGGGCGGCGACCAGCCCACCUUCCAGGAGGAGGCCGCUGACGACGACCUCUACAGCUAGACGCGCACUCCGCACCACCAUACACACACUACGUAUACACACAUACACCAUACGCGCACGCACUUGUGUCACACUGCACUUGGAACUGAAAUGGGGGGGAUACGCAAAUAAAAAGAAGGGGGUACAUAUAUAAAUACAACUAUAUUGGGGGGGGGGGGGUAGAUAGACACACAAAUAUUGACUAAUGUGAAUUCUGUUCUUUUUUAGUUAUUUGUAAUGUUGUUGUUUUAAAAAAAAAUUUUGUACAAUGGUGUUUUACUACUCGCGUAGAAACAGCCUUUUUGUGCAACUUUUUAAAUUCAUUUUGUUGAUUAAAAUUUAAUGGCGAUGUCACAUGUUAUAAAUAGUAAAAUAAAUACAUGGUGUGUUUUUUAAACUCCUUUAACACUUUGAUAGGAAUUAAAUAGAUCUAAUGCAUUGUGAUACAAGUGUAUGUUGCAAGUUUUGGUUAAAAUCUAAAUGGAACGAUACGAUGAGACCAAAAGUAUAUGACUCGAAUGCCUUUACGGAUAUUUCUAAACCGCAGGUUCGGAAACAUUAUUUUUAACACUAAAAAAUAUUGAAUUUCAUUGUAUCGUUCAGUUUGGAGCUGUAGUUGUGCGGUCGCGAAGCGGUUUUCAGUUUUAGUACUGAUUUUAUUGUAAUUUAAGAUAUAUUCUGUAAUUGUAUGGGUCUUGGAAUGUCACGAUGCAGCAAAAUUAUCCAAAAAGCGGCGCAAACAAGUGCGCGAAGAAAUCCUUACUUUAAUGUAUUUAUUUAAGGUUGCUUUGGAUUAGUCUAAUUGUUUGUGAGGUAUGUUACAUUUGAACACAUUGAUUGUUGUUACCUGUAAUGGCAGAUCGUGUGUGUAGCCGUCGUUUGUCGACAUUACACAGUAUCGCAGUGAUUUUUUAAUAAAAGAUUUUUAUAGAUCUAAA